AUGACGAGCACGCAACGGAGUGAGAGCGCAAACCACAUGUUGAAACAAUUCAUCCAGCGCUCUUCGCCUAUGCACAUCUUUGUGAGCAAGUUCAGUGAGUUUCAGAAUGACAGAAAGGAGCAGGAGGACACGGAAGUACACUUCACAAAACAGAUGCAGAGGAAGAGAAGGAUUGGCGUUCCACUGGAGAGGCAUGCGGAAGAAGUAUACACCAGAGCAAUGUACGAGCGACUGUACAACGAGCUAUACCGAGCAGGAAGCUACGUAAUGAAAGGGAGGGACAAGGCUGAUGGGUACUUAGUGGUGCACUACAAGGAGUUGGGAACCGCGGAUGAGAGAAUAUUCGUGGUAACGGACGAGGGUGACUUUGUGAACUGCAGCUGCGGCCUGUACAAUCAUAUGGGAAUGCUCUGCAGACACGCACUAAAGGUGUUGAUGCACCAAGACAGGGUGAAGUUGCCAUCCGGUAACAUACUUGAUCGUUGGAGAAGAGAUGUUCUAGAAGAUCCAGGAAACGGAAGGGAUGACGGGGUGGAGUCUAGUAGCAUCGAAAGCACGGCAUACAUCCAGAAGAAAUUGAUGGUUCGGAGAGUACUAGCCAUGGCUGGUGUGGAUGCAGCAUUAGACGAAUCAGGUUAUAAGGAAGCUCUGGAAGCACUUGACAAGAUAAUUUCAUUGAGGAAGGAUCAGAAAUUGGGGGAACAGGCGGUGAUCAGUGGGGAUGGAAGCAUAAAACCAACUUGUUGCCCAAAUAGACCAAAGAAGAAAGGUCGUCCUUGUAGCACGAGCCUGAAGUCUUACGAGACUAACUUGAAGAAGCAGAAAAGAACAGAGCAAGGCAAGAAAAGAUAUACUAGUUCAACUUCAGAAGAUGAGGAGAACCCCAUGAGUGGGAAGACGAAGGCACUAAAUGAGAUAAAAUAG